AUGCCGGUCCCUGCUCCAGCGCCAGGCCCUGCUCCAGCGCCGUCAAAUGCGGUGUACGCGGCCCCAGCGCCGGCACCGUCGAACGCUGUGUAUGCAGCCCCAGCACCAGGCACAACGCCGGCCCCUAGCCCGGCCCCAUCCAACGCUGUGUACGCAGCCCCAGCACCAGGUACCACACCGGCCCCAGCGCCAUCGAAUGCUGUGUACGCAGCACCUGCACCAGGCACAACGCCGACCCCUGGCCCAGCGCCGUCGAACGCUGUGUACGCAGCCCCAGCGCCAAGUGCAACGCCGGCCCCUGGCCCGGCGCCAUCGAACGCUGUUUACGCAGCCCCAGCACCAGGCACAACGCCGACCCCUGGCCCAGCACCAUCGAACGCUGUGUACGCAGCCCCAGCACCAGGCACAACGCCGGCCCCCGCGCCGUCGAAUGCUGUGUACGCAGCCCCAGCACCAGGCACAACGCCGGGCCCGGCACCGUCGAAUGCGGUGUACGCCGCCCCAGCGCCAGGCACAACACCGGGCCCAGCGCCGUCGAAUGCUGUGUACGCCGCCCCAGCGCCAGCACCGAGCCCAGCUCCCGCGCCUGGCCAGCCUAUGACCUAUGCUGCCCCAGGGCCGGCGCAGCCCAUGCCCUAUGCUGCCCCAGCGCCUGCACCGAUGUAUGCUCCGGCCACGUACACGACGCCGAGCAUCCCACAGUAUGCAACACCAACGCCUGCUACCUACACUGUGGCACCAGGCUCAUCUCAAGCAGUGGCCCCCAUGACAUCUUCGACUGCAGUGGCAGCCCCGAUCCAGAGCAUGCCCGCCACGACCAGCCCGGUCGCAAGCCCGGUCACUACCAGCCCAGUCACCUACACAGCUCCGGCCGCCACGACCACCCCGGUCACCACCUACACAGCGCCGGCUGCCACUACCAGCCCAGUCACCUACACUGCUCCAGCUGCCACUACCAGCCCAGUCACCUACACAGUGCCGGCUGCCACCACUAGCCCUGCGGUGACCUACGCAGCUCCGGCGCCUGCCACUACCGGCCCGGUCACCUAUGGAGCUCCGGUGCCUGCCACUACUGGCCCGGUGACCUACGCAGCUCCGGCACCCGUCACCGCCGACCCUUACGGAGCUCCGGUCAGCUACGGUGCUCCGGCGCCAGUUACCUACGCGGACCAGUUCGCCCGCCUGGACGCGAACAAUGACGGUGGGCUAACCCCCGAGGAAUUUGCGCAGCUGAUGGGCCAGGCCCCUUCCUAUGGAGCUCCGGUCAGCUACGGUGCUCCGGCGCCUGCCCCGGUCACCUACGCGUCUCCGGCGCCUGCUGGCGCCGCCGACCCCUACGGAGCUCCGGUCAGCUACGGUGCUCCGGUUAGCUACGGUGCUCCGGCGCCUGCCCCGGUCACCUACGCGUCUCCGGCGCCUGCUGGCGCCGCCGACCCCUACGGAGCUCCGGUCAGCUACGGUGCUCCGGUCAGCUACGGUGCUCCGGCGCCUGCCCCUGUCACCUACGCGUCUCCGGCACCUGCUGGCGCCGCCGACCCCUACGGAGCUCCAGUCAGCUACGGAGCUCCGGUGUCCUACGGAGCUCCGGUUUCUUACGGAGCUCCUCAGUACGCCGCUCCCGGGCAGCUCUCGGCCGCGCCAACGUUUGUGCCAAGCUCAAGCUACCAGACCCCGUAUUCGUACCCGGCAGCGCCAAUGUCCGGCGGCAGCGACCUCUUUGCCCGCGUGGAUGCGGAUGGCAGUGGCAAUAUCUCGCCCGAGGAGUUUGCGAAGUACAUGCAGAUGCAGGGCCAGGGCGGGAGCACCAACUGCCCGGCUUGCGGCAACGUGUACUUGGACGACUCGCUGUUCUGCCGCAAGUGCGGUCGCAAGCGCGACUAG